ACGGGACCCCCACGUCUCCCCGCCCAGCUCGCCCCGUCCGGCCCACUAGCUGUAUAUACUUAUUUAAGGGCUGGGUUAUAAUACGGAGGAGCCCUAGACCCUACUUCCCCACCCCGAGUAUCCCCGGAGGCUCCCCGUCCUCUGCAUGUCUCGGGCCGAGCCCCUCCCCCGCGGUGCCUUCGCCCCUCUGGGCUGCCAAUAAACUGUUACAGCCACAGCAGUGUGCGCGACUAGGGAGCGGGGACCGGGCCUCAAACACCAGGGCUGAGUAGACAGAGCGGGGCGGGUGUGACAGCCACCCGAACUUGCAGACCUCUGUAGCGGGGCGGAGCGUGCCGGCUCCCACCACGCUACCCCGCUGCGCCCACCGCCCCGCGCCCCGCCUCAGGAGGCGGGGCUCGCGCCUGCGCAGUAGCGACGGCUGCGCGGCGGUGCAUUGUGGGAGCCCUGCGGAGGGCGCUUUACCCGCGACUGCGGCUCGGGACUCUGCGCUGCGGGAGACCGGCGAGAACGUCCCCGAGAGCCCGCACGCCGGUCCUGCCUGCGGCUAGCUCAAGACCCAGGUCCAAGAGGAAGCGCUGGAGCCGGAGUUCCGUCCGCGCCGCCAGGACGCGUCUACCCGACCUCGACCCCCGCCGCCCGCCCUGGAGCCGCUGAAGGACGUCCACCUGGGCCUGGCCCCGCCCACCCGCGGCCCCGCCCGCCUGGCCCUCCUCUCGGGCCACUACCUUUACUAUCACUAUGGCUGCGAUGGUCUGGACGACCGGGGCUGGGGCUGCGGCUAUCGCACUCUGCAGACGCUGUGCUCGUGGCCAGAGGGCCGGCCCGUGGGCGUGCCCGGACUGACGGCCGUGCAGGCGGCUCUGGAGGACAUGGGUGACAAGCCCCCCGGGUUCCGGGGCUCCCGGAGCUGGAUUGGUUGUGUAGAAGCCAGCCUCUGCCUCGACCACUUCGGAGGACCCCAGGGGCGCCUGUGCCACGUACCCCGUGGAGCAGGUCUUCAGGGGGAACUGGAGAGGCUUUACUCCCACUUCGCUGGGGGCGGGGGGCCUGUAAUGGUUGGGGGGGAUGCAGAUGCCCAGUCCAAGGCCUUACUGGGAGUCUGCCUGGGUCCAGGCACAGAAGCCUAUGUUCUGGUAUUGGACCCUCACUUCUGGGGUGCUCCGAAAAAUCCCAGUGAACUACAGGCAGCUGGGUGGGUAGGAUGGAGAGAGGUAGGCACAGCCUUUGACAGCAACUCCUUCUACAACCUGUGUUUGACCAGCUGCAACUCCCAGAAGCAGCAGCAUGCCCUGGACUGAGGCUUAGGUCCCAGAAUGGAAACUAUCUCUGGACUCAAACAUACCUAAAUAAACCCUUUACUCCAAGGCAAAAGCUGCCUGGGUCUUUGGAGUCAAUAAAAUGGUGCAGCUCA